AUGUUCAGAUCCGCAAUCAUGGGUGUUACCAAGACCAUCAUCAAGGCCGGAGACGGCGUCACCUUCCCCAAGAUUGGCCAGACCGUCGUCAUGCACUACGUCGGCACCCUCGAGGACGGCUCCAAGUUCGAUUCGUCCCGCGACCGCAACGAUCCCUUUGUCACCCCCAUCGGUGUUGGCCGUGUUAUCCGUGGCUGGGAGGAGGGUGUCCCCCAGAUGUCGCUCGGUGAGCGCGCUACCCUCAAGAUCACCUCUGACUACGGUUACGGUGACCGUGGAUACCCCCCAGUCAUCCCCGCUAAGGCUACCUUGAUCUUUGACGUUGAGCUCCUUGAGAUCCGUUAA